AUGUCGGCAGUGGCACACGCAACCCGCGACACGCGCGUCUAUCAGACCUACCCCGUCUCUUCCCCGCCCCCUCGUCCCGGCGAGGACUGGGUGCGGUUCGUGCUGAUCUCGGACACGCAUUCGCAAACGACGCUCAUCCCUGAUGGCGAUGUGCUGCUGCACGCGGGUGAUCUGACCACCUUGGGCCAGCCCGAGGACCUGCGAGCCCAGGUGGAGUGGUUGAAGUCCCUUCCGCACAGUGUCAAGGUGUUUACAUGCGGGAAUCACGACUUCUCGGCGUGCACGGCUAAGAACUUCUACGAGACCCGCGGUCGGGAGCUCAAUGCCAAAUACCACAUCCCCGGUUCGCCCGACGACGUUUCCUCCGCUCGCUCCAUCCUUGACCCCACCAACCUCGGGCCUAAGCUGCGCUACCUCGAGAACGAGUCGUUCGAGUUCACCGUUCCGCGCAAAGGUGUGCAGCAUCGAACGUGGAAGCUCUGGGGCUCACCGUGGUCGCCCGAAUUCGAGCGUUGGGCGUGGAACUACGCGCGCGGGCCCGAGGCGAGGACCAUCCACGCGGGGAUACCUCGCGAUGUGGAUGUGAUUAUCACCCACACCCCUCCCUUCGGACUCGGCGGGCUAGAUCGGAUACAUAACGGGACGAGUGUCGGGUGCGAAGAGCUGACAAGACGGCUCACGGCCAAGAAGGAGGAUAGGGAGGCGUUGAGGCCGAGACUGCAUGUGUUUGGACAUAUACAUGAGGCGAGGGGCGUGAGUGUGCUGGGGCGGGAUGGGGAGGAGAUGGUGCUGGUCAAUGCGGCGUUGGUCGAGUACGAUCAGGGUCUUUGGGAGAAGGAGCGCAAAUUCUCGUAUACGGUCGUCUGCCAACCGGUCAUUGUGGAUAUACGCGUCCCCGCUGCGUCUUCGCUCUAG